GCCGAGUCCAUGCCGCGCAUCACGCUCGCCAUGCAAGGCGGCGCCUGCCUCGCCGCGGGCGCCGCCAGCGGCGCCGACGCGCCCGGCGCGGUCGUGGCGGCCGUGUGCCUGUCGCUGUUGGCCGCAGAGCUCUCUCAGCCCUGCGUAGGCGGCCAUGGUGGCAGCACUCUUUACGAUGGCGAUGACGGGUCCAGUGGCGGCCUGCUCCUGGCCGGCUCGAUCGACACGUAUCACGGCUGCUGCGGCGGCGCGGGCGGCAGCAGCUGCUACGGGGGCGGCGGCUGCGGGGACGGCGGCAGCUGCGGGGACGGCGGUGAUGGGGGUGGCGGGUGCGGUGGGGGUUGCGGCGGGUGA